AUGGCGCUCAUUGUUGAUAAGCACCGACCUCGGUCACUCGAUGCCCUCACAUAUCACGAUGAGCUAUCAGAGCGACUUCGUUCUCUUGCCCAGAACGGUGACUUUCCCCAUUUGCUUGUGUACGGCCCUUCAGGUGCUGGCAAGAAGACACGAAUCGUCGCUACGCUGAAGGAGCUCUACGGACCUGGUGUGGAGAAGAUCAAGAUCGAUGCACGAGUAUUCCAGACGAGCAGCAACCGAAAGCUCGAGUUCAACAUCGUCGCCUCCAUUUACCAUCUCGAGAUCACACCAUCUGAUGUUGGAAACUAUGACAGAGUUGUCGUUCAGGACCUUUUAAAGGAGGUAGCCCAAACACAGCAGGUGGAUCAGUCAGCCAAGCAGAAGUUCAAGGUCGUGGUCAUCAACGAAGCAGACCACCUUACAAGGGACGCCCAAGCAGCUUUGCGACGAACGAUGGAGAAGUACUCGCCCAAUCUUCGACUGAUCCUCUUGGCGAAUUCGACUGCCAAUAUUAUUGCUCCGAUUCGUUCAAGAACUCUAUUGGUCAGAGUGGCGGCCCCUACUCACGAGGAGAUAUGCAACGUGCUAGCCGUGUCAGCUAAGAAGGAGGGUUGGCCCGUUGUCCCAGGCCUGUACCAGCGAAUAGCAGAGGAAAGCGGGCGAAACCUACGACGAGCCUUGCUCAUGUAUGAAGCCGUCCAUGCACAGAAUGAGAAGGUCACAGACAACACACCUAUCCCGCCCGCCGAUUGGGAAGCCCUCAUCGGCCAGAUCGCACAGGAUAUUUAUGCGGAACACACACCAGCCAGGAUCCUGGAAGUGCGAUCGAAGCUCUAUGAUUUGCUAACACACUGCAUCCCUCCAACCACCAUUCUCAAGACUUUGGCGUUCAAGCUGAUUGCUCUUGUCGAUGAUGGACUGAAGGGCGAGGUGAUUCAGUGGGCGGCGUUUUACGAACAUCGUGUCAAGACAGGUACAAAGGUCAUCUUCCACCUGGAGGCCUUUGUGGCAAAGUUCAUGAGAAUUGUCGAGAUGUAUUUGAUGAGCAUGGAUAUGUAA